GUCUCCAUGGCAACGUUGUCAUAGUGAAGUUGACAAGCACUAAACAAUCUGUGUUUGGGUUCAGUGCACAUGCUGAGUUCCAGGGAUAAAACCUGGCAUAGAGGGAAACUCACAACAGGAUCAGGAUUUUUAUAAGUGUAAUGUCAAGCACUGAAGCUUGGGUUGGGACCUGGAGGCCCCACAAACCAAGAGGGCCCAUAGCUGCCCUCUAUGGUAGCCCAGGGCCCAAGUAUGCACUACCUGGACUCACAGGUAUUUCUAAACAUGACCCCACUAAAUACAAAGCUCCAAUGUUCAGCUUCGGGACACGUCAUGACCAGGCCACUUGUGACUGCUCACCUGGACCAAGAUACCUCGUCCCCUCCAACAUCACCCGAGACGGUCGAGACGGCAUGCCUGCGUUUUCACUCUACAGCCGUCCAAAGGAUCCAGGAUUGUUCCAGGUCCCUGGACCAGGCCAAUACUCCCCAGAGCUUUCAGGAAAAUCAAUCUUCCGCUCUGCUCCUGCUUAUUCUCUAUCUGGGAGGUGCAAAGAAGGCAGCAAUAACCAAACACCAGGUCCAGCCUCCUACAGUCUGCCCCCUGUGCUGGGGCCCAAAACUGUGGCCACAUCUUCAGCUCCCACCUACUCACUCUGUGGCCGCAGCAAAACCGGAAGCUUCAAUGAGGACCUGAAGGAGACUCCUGGUCCUGCUGCCUACAAAGUUGUGGAUCCUUGUAUUUAUAGGCAAAAACCUCCCCAGUACAGCAUGACAGGCCGCAACUUCACACCUGGUGAAACCACAAAGAAACCAGGACCUGGAGCACACUAUCCUGAGCAUGUGACGUUCACAAGAGCAAAAGCUCCAAGCUUCUCCUUUGGACUGCGUCACUCACAAUACAUCUCACCCCUCAUUGUAGAUGUGACUGAAUAAUGUCAUGUAUGAUCGCUUAUUUUAACUGGAAAUUUGCUCAGCCGUAUCGAAUAAAGCACAAAAAGCAAA